ACAAAUGGAUUUGCAUGUCUUUGAAUGGUAAACGUAAGCAAGGCCAUUUUUUUAGAGCAACAAAACAGUUCGAUAAAAAAUGAUCCACACAGUGAUUCAUUCGAUCUAGAGAUGGCGAACACGAAAUCAUUAGGCACACUUUAUUAUCUGUGUAUAGUGAUAUUAUAUUUUUCACCGAUGUCAUACAGUCAAGGUGAAGAUGUAUGUGGGUUUCCUGGGAUUAAAAGUAACGGAAAUACGCAACCAUUUAAAGCGUCUUAUGCAAUAGGAGAAAUUGUUACUUUUUCUUGUUACAGUAAUUAUGUAAUCGUAGGCCAGGCGAAUUUGACAUGCCAAGGUGGGGAUACAUGGGACGCUGAGACUCCCGAGUGUGUCAAGAUCUGCCCAGAACUCUCAUUCCCCGAUACCCAGGUAAUAUCUAGGAACGUAACAUUGGAGGGUAUCAAUGUUAUUGGUGACAUCCUGGUUUGGGAAUGUAAAGACGGUUACUCAAUAGAUUCGGGACAAGCGAACGAUCAGACGGUUACCAUCUGCAAACCGGAAGGAUGGUUUACUGAAUCUGUCAUCACUUGUUCUAAAAUAUCUUGCACUGACCCCGGUAUUCCAAUAGGAGUACAGAGGGAUGGCGAUUCAUUUGAGUUUGCAGAUGUUGUUACGUACACUUGCUCCAACAUGGGGGAUGUGAUCUCCAGUGGAUCAUCAUCAAGGACAUGUCAGGCAAACAGCACGUGGUCAGGGUCAAGCCCAGUAUGUACAGCUAUCGAUUGCAUGGACCCGGGUCAACAUAAUCUAACUACAAGAACCGGUGAUACAUUUUCAUAUGGAGCUGUUCUACUGUACGAGUGUGUAAGCUCUGCCUCACAAGUGUCUGGUUCGGUGUCCAUCGAGUGCCAACUAGACGGUACUUGGUCCGGAGAGCCACUAGUGUGUCAAUAUCCAACAACGCACAUUAUUACAACUAUGAUGAUGCAAACAACUGUUUUUUCGUUAGACCCACAUUUAACAUCAACUGAAGAUAAUACUGUUGCUAUCACUGAGCCGCCAAUUGUCACUGAAGUUCAAACAUCUUCCAAUUUCUCAAAUUCGCUUUCACCCGGGAAGACUGCUUCAAACACUGCGUCAACUAGGAGUACGAGUUCACCUAACACAAAAAAGUCUGAUCAAGAAACGAUUACUCUGUCAAGUAAAGAAUCCACUAAUGCUAAUCAAAAUUGCUAACAUUUCUUUUUCACGGAAAAAUUACUAACAUAAUUGUUUUUAAGAUGCUUUCUCUCUCUCACGACAAUUCGUUGGCCUACUCAUAUGUCCUUCAAACUGCAGGGACGUUUACAUAUACAAUCUUUGUAGAAGGUUGAGUUAUGUAAACGUAAACCAUCAUAAAUCUAUAAUAAUAGUAUUUGCAUAUUUUAUGAGUAUUCAUAUUGAAAUUAUUAGGAAUACAUGAGUGUAAUUCCUCGUUGAUCUUUUUCUCAAAGAGGGGCAGCUGACGACAGGCAAACAUUUUAAAGUUGGAGGUCACUUGAUUAUCCAUUCCCACUACAGUACGCUACUGAAUGACAGGUCGUGAGAGAGCCACUUAACACAUUUCGCACUUGAAACAUAUUUCCCAGUAGGCCUAUUCAAGCUAUUUUAGCUAUUUUAUGUUAAAACUAAAAACAAAUGUAGUAAAUAAGGAAAAUGUUAUAGUGAUAUAGUUAGGCCUGCUUAUAUCAUCUAUGAUAUCAGAAUAUAAACAGGUUUCGAUAGAAAUUUUAUUGUGUGCCUCAGUGCUAGUUGUAUUAAAGUACAUACGUACAUAUAUGAUGUAUAACCAAAUAUGUUAUAAUCAUAUCAAGCAUAACCUUCAACACAAUGUUCUUUUUCCAAUUAUAUGAAAAAAGAUUCAAUAUCAGGAUUCGAAAUCGCAGUCUUGAUAAGAAGCCAACUGUUACUAGAAUACGGUAUAUCUAAUUCCCCCCCACCCAGCCAGAUACUUCUCUCAAACAACCAACGUUUAUGCACACACCUAAUUUGAAUAUUUUAAACACACACACCCACACAUACACACA